UCACAUGAUGCUUGUGACGUGUAUCUCGGGAAGUAUCAGCUGGAUGUAAAAAGAAAGAGGCUAUACGGCGUGUAAAGUGGGGAAUCCUGGAGGCUCGGUGUGGUGACAAGUGCCCGUUUUUUGUGGGAGGUGCGGGGUUCUAAACGUUAUCCUUGGAGACCGUACUGUGCCUUGGCUAAGUCGUCACAGGCUAUUCGCACCGACAGUUAUAUCAUCAUGAUCAAAGCAAUCCUGAUAUUUAAUAAUCACGGGAAGCCCAGGCUAUGCAAGUUCUACCAGCAUUAUAGUGAAGAUAUCCAGCAGCAGAUCAUAAGAGAAACAUUCCACUUAGUAUCCAAAAGAGAUGAGAAUGUUUGCAAUUUUUUAGAAGGGGGCUUAUUAAUAGGCGGGUCUGAUAACAAACUUAUCUAUCGGCAUUAUGCAACUUUGUAUUUUGUCUUUUGCGUGGAUUCUUCAGAAAGUGAACUUGGCAUCUUGGAUCUCAUUCAAGUGUUUGUGGAAACCCUGGACAAAUGCUUCGAAAAUGUAUGUGAGCUGGAUUUGAUUUUCCAUGUAGACAAGGUCCAUAAUAUCCUUGCUGAAAUGGUAAUGGGAGGUAUGGUUCUAGAAACCAACAUGAAUGAAAUUGUCACUCAGAUUGAUGCCCAGACCAAACUAGAGAAAUCUGAGGCUGGCUUAGCAGGAGCACCUGCUCGAGCUGUAUCUGCCGUCAAGAACAUGAAUCUUCCAGAGAUCCCAAGAAACAUUAACAUUGGUGACAUCAGUAUAAAAGUGCCAAACUUGCCCUCCUUUAAAUAAAAUGGCUCCAUCUAUUACUUGAAGUUGUUUAAAAAAAUAAAAUAGAACAUGUUUUCUAUUGAGUCAGAUGUCAGAACUGUGUAAAUUUGAAAUGUUGGAACCAAGAGUUUCUAUAGGCUUGCGCAACAAGGCUAAAUCUAGGAAACCGCUACCUUAAGCAUGAUUCAGAAGUUACAUUCCUAUGUCCUCUUAAGGCAUGUCACUGUUUGGCUGCUGAGCUAUCCAGAGAAAGUAUUUAAGAUGUCAUUUCUUUGUUGAUUCUACAGUGUUGUUAUCUUUUUUACCUUUCCUUGUUCUAUAGUUAGAUGUUGAAUCGUCCAUAAUAUUUCUGCAGCAUUUAUCUUGAUUAUUUAAGAGCACAUUCUCAAGCAUGUAUGAAAGCAUCCACAAUUUAGAUUUUUCUUUAGCAACAUUUUAAGUCAAAUUUAGACAGGGUUUUGAAUGUGUUUUUGGCUUUGAAAAAAAUGCUAUAAAACCAAGUAAGAUUUUUUAAAAGUUGUUUGCUAAGAAAAAUAACCUCAGAAAUAUACAUAUAUUUUAACAUUGUAAUAAACACGGUUAGGUUUAAUGCUGUAGUGUUGUGUACAAUGAACUUAAAUAAAUAUUUUAUAAACUGA